AUGACUGGAAAGAGACGAAAAUUUGAGUUAGAAUUUAUUCCAAAUAAAAAAACAAAGGUUACUCAUGUAAAUGACACAGCUUUAACAGAACAACCAGUCAAUAAUUUUCGUAAAUUAGAAGUUUUUCAAAUUCAAUGGGGUCAAUAUUUUUCACAAGGAAUAACACAAAAUGAAAGGGUGAUUGUUCUGAUUGACAAAAUGGGUGACUUUUGUUACCUACACUUACGAGAUGAUUGGAUAGAAACAUCAAUAUGUGAAGGUAAUAUUGUAAAUGUUUUUGGACAAUUUGAUGAUGACAACAAAUGUAUAAUCGAUAAUUCUCAAGGUCUUUUAAUAGUGAAUCCUGAUAUUCUUAUAUCAGCAACAUCUGUAUCAGAUUCAUUCGCAUGUAUGCGAAAGGGAAUUUUAAGUGAUCGGGUCAAUGGAAAUUUUACAUACAGUCCAGCAUUAGUAUAUGGAAAUGCAAUUCCAAUAAUUCAAGCUUGGUCUGAUAAAUUUAUUGGUGAAAUACCAAAGCCAAUAGAUGAACAUCUUUCAAUUAGUAAAGUUAAACCGGCUCUGUGUAUUAGUAAAAUUUUGGAUAUAGAAGAACAUAUUUGUUCUACAACUUAUGGUCUUAAAGGAAAAAUUGAUGCUUCUGUUGAAGUUAAAGUUUCGGAAAAUGGAUUGUUAAAAAAAUUAAUAAUGCCUUUUGAAAUAAAGACUUCCAGAAACACUUCACCAUCACAUUUUGCACAAACUGCUUUUUAUUGUCUUAUGAUGAGUGAUUAUUAUAAUGUCAAUGUAAGUUCAGGUUUACUUUAUUAUUUAAAAUCUCAAACCGAAGAAACGGGAAAAAUGAUUAAGGUUCCUGUUGUUCCUCAUGAAUUGAGAAGUUUAAUAAUUCAACGUAAUAAAAUGGCUUGGUUUUCUUCCGAAAAAAUGUCAUUACCUCCAGUGAUUAAAAACAAAUUUCAGUGUGGCAAUUGUAAUUUGAAUACUUCAUGUUUUCUAUAUCAUAAAGCUUGUGAGAAAGGAACUGGAGAAAGUAGUGGAGUAGCUAAUCUAUUUGAAAAAAUUGUUUCUCAUUUACAAGAUCAUCAUCUUGAAUUCUUUAAUAAAUGGAAUGAACUUAUUACUUUAGAAGAAGAUAAAUAUCGAUUUCAACCUGAAAUAUGGAAUAUGCAAGCAUCAUUAAUAAAUGAUGAUGACAUGUGCCUUAAGAAUAUGUACUUAGAACCAAAGAGUAUCAAACAAAAUGGGGAGGGAAAUCGACAGAUUAAAUGCAAAUUCAUUUGUCAGCGAGUAUGUGUGAAUUUAAUAUUUGAUACUCAGUUCUGUAUAGGAGAUCAUGUAAUAAUAUCAUCAGAGAAAGAAAAUCGUACAGUUGCGAAUGGAUAUAUUGAAGACAUCACGUCAAAUUAUAUUUAUGUAUCCUUAGAUCGAAUUCCUCGUUGUUAUCCGAAACGUAUGGAUGAUUUUGAAAUUGAAUCCUGUCAUAGUUUCAUAGGAUUACCCGAAAUAGGAUCGUCCACUAAUUAUUCGAAAAUGGGAAUUACUGAUACAUUAUAUCGAAUUUACAAGGAUGAGUUGACUUCCAACAUGAAACUUGUUCGUCAAAAUCUUGUUAGUCUACUUGUUGAUGAAGAAACUGCAAAGCUCAGAAAGUUAAUUGUAGACUUUAAACCUCCACGAUUUAACAUGAUUAAUGAAAUGUCUCUUAAUUUGGAUGAUAUGAAAACUUUGAAUGAAGAUCAAAUCACGGCUGUUAAACUGUCAUUGAAUGCCGAAGAUUAUGCAAUCAUUUUAGGGAUGCCAGGAACUGGAAAGUCUACUACCAUAGUUCAAAUUAUUAAAGCUCUUGUAAAAAAUGGAAAAUCUGUUUUACUUGCAGCUUACACACAUUCCGCCGUAGAUAAUAUCAUCUUCAAAUUAAUUGACGAAAAUAUAGAUAUAUUAAGACUUGGUACAAAGGCCAAAGUUCGACCUGACAUAUGGCCAUUCAUGUUAGAUAUUGAAGAAUUUGAUAGUGUAAACAAAUUCAGAUCAUUUAUUGAAUCUAAGCAAGUAAUUGCGACUACAUGUCUUGGCAUCAAUCAAUUUGAUUAUUGUAUUAUUGAUGAGGCAACACAAGUAACGCUUCCAAUUUGUGUGGGACCUCUUCGUUUUGCCAACAAAUUUCUCUUGGUAGGCGAUGACUUUCAAUUGCCACCAUUGGUACGUGACCGCGAAGCAAUUGAAAAAGGAAUGGGUAAAAGUUUAUUCACUACUUUGAUAGAAAGACAUACUCAAGCAUUUACAAAAUUACGAUACCAAUAUCGAAUGCAUGAAGAGAUUAUGAAUUUAUCCAAUUGCCUAAUUUAUGAUUAUAAAAUGUUAUGUGGAACUCCAAACGAUCCAAAUCAUUACUUAACAAUUCCGAAAUGGAAUGAGGAUUUUUUAUCCCAAUUUCAUAAAUAUAAUGAUAAUCAUUGUAGUAAGGAAUGUUGGCUUAGGAAGGUUCUUGAUCCUCAACAUCCUGUGGUAAUGGUCGAUACUGAUAGUCUUGAGGCCAACGAAUCUCGUGGAUUAAAUCAAAAUGUUAUUGAAGCAUCACUUGUUGAACAAUGUGUUAAGGCCAUGGUGGUUGGUGGUGUUCAUCAAAAAGAAAUUGGUAUUAUUACUCCAUUUCGUCACCAAAUUAAACUUUUGACACAAAAAUUUAAAGGUCUAACCGAUAUUGAAAUUAGUACAGUUGAUAAAUUUCAAGGGAGGGAAAAAGAAGUUAUAGUUAUAUCUUUGGUAAAAGCAAAUACAGAUAAUAAAGUUAGUGAUAUAUUGAAGGAUUAUCGAAGAUUAAAUGUGGCGAUAACUCGCGCAAGAUCUAAAUUAAUUAUUUUUGGAAGUAUAUCAACUGUCUCAACUUCAGAAUUAGUUCGUCACAUAGUAGAUCAUAUAAAAAAUUCGCAAACGUUGUAUAAGCUUAAUGAUAAAAAUACUCCUUAUUGGCACGUUAUACCUAAGAUAGAUUUAUUAUCAAGAAAUUCGGAGAGCGCAUCUAAAGUUAAUAAAGUUGAUAAACAACCUAAGAAUAUAACUGGAAAUCCCGAGGUUUUACUGAAAAACAGUCAAUUGUUACGCGAUAUUGCAAUCAAUUUAAAAUCAACUUAG